AUGGAUACUAAAGUAAUGACCUGUCAGUGGUGCAUUAAAAGUGGAAAGGUGAAUUCAUUCACUAGUGGAUGUGCUUAUCUGACUAAAGAUUACUGCACAAAGCAUGCCAGAAUUGCUGACCACAAGGCAGCUGCUGCUGCACAGGUGUAUGCCCCGGCAUUCAAAGAGGCAUUUGCUAACGCAAGUACCAAAGAAGAAGCUACUAUCAGGGCUGCUAUGAAAAAUAUUUAUUAUUUGGCUAAGAAGAACUGCCCUAAUGAUCAUUUCAGUGAUCUUAAUUGGUUAACUUUAAUGCAGGGUUGUGAUGAUCUGAAAGGGUUGAAUGUUGAUUCCCACACAAACUACCAACAUCCAGAUUCCAUUCAUGCCUUCCAAGAUGCCAUGAAAGUAGUGAUUGAUGAAGAGCUGUUGUUAGAGCUAGAAGAAUCCAAGUAUUAUGCUAUUCUAAUUGAUGAAAUGGCUGAUAUUGCCAUGGACAAAACUGUAAUAAUAUACUUGCGUUAUAUUGUCAAAGGUGUUGUUAAAAUUAGGUUUUUUGAAGUAGUGGGUCUUCAGGAAGGAACUUCAGCUGAUGACAUUUAUAACAGUGUUGUAAAAGUACUGAAGGAUAAAGGUUUAGUACUGGAAAAUAUGUUUGCUUCUUCUACUGAUGGGGCUAGUGUGAUGACUGGGAAGCACAAGGGGGUGACAACACUUCUGAAAAACCAAGUGAAUCCAUUUUUGAUAGCUACACACUGCAUUGCACACCGCCUUGCCUUGGCUGCUUCCCAGGCAUCACAUUCGGUCUUCAUAUAUUGA